AUGUUACGACCGAUAACGACACUAUCAAUAUUGCUGCCGCUCCUGCUAUCCGGAGUGGUAUGCGCAGCAGAUGAGGGUCAAGACAGUAUAGCGGGGAUGAUCGAGAAGACCACUCCAUUGAGAACUCACUCACUGGCAGCCCCUUAUGUGGAUAGUGACUUGCAGAAUAGGUGGUGGGAUUUCGGUGGAAACUCAAUCAUUAAUACCAACAAACAUGUUCGACUCACUCAAGAUAGACCUUCGGAGAAAGGUUGGUUGUGGUCGAGAAUGCCUUUGAGCGUAUCGAAUUGGCAGAUCGAUGUAGAGUUCAAGGUAGAUGGAAAAGCACAUAAUAUGUUUGGAGAUGGUUUUGCCAUGUGGAUAACUAAAGAUAGAGCUCAGGAAGGUCCGGUAUUUGGUAGUGUGGAUUAUUUCACAGGUUUAGGGAUAUUCUUCGAUACUUACGCAAAUUCACGUCAUUCUUACCAAUGGCCAAGGAUAACCUCAAUGUUAGGUGACGGAAAGACAAAAUACGAUCAUGAUCAUGAUAAUGAAGCUAAUGAACUGGCUGGAUGUUCCGAAAAUUUCAGAAGACAGGGUGAUACACCUACUAAAGCGAGAUUGACUUAUAUAAAGGGUAAAACUCUCCAACUCAAAUUACAGACGAAACAUGUAAACGACUGGAAACUAUGUUUCGAAAUUCCGGUAGAUCUCCCGGAAAGUCCUUAUAUUGGAUUCACAGCUGCUACAGGGGAUGUAUCGGACAAUCAUGAUAUCGUAGCAAUAAACACAUUCUCUGCGACUCUAAGACCUCAGUAUCGAACAGAUCAAGCCCCCUUGGCGGCCGACGCGAAGAGUCAAGGAAGGAGCGGAAUGGGUAGACCCAGUCCUAAAUCUUCCUCGGGAGGAGGAGCAGCUGGAUGGUUCUUGUUCAUCUUGAAAGGUAUCGGUAUACUAGCAUUCAUAGCUUUCGCUAUUGCAGCUUUCAGAACGUAUAAUGCUCAGAAGAAACAGAAACGACAUUGGUAA